AUGAACCUGCUGACGGCCGUGCUGUCGUCACGUCUGGACUCAAUCCUGGGCGCGCCCUCUCUGGGCCUGGGUCAACUGAGCCCUUACCCCCCACACCCCAGCCACACUCCCGCCAGCCACACUAACGCCAGCCACACUCCCGCCAGCCACACUCCCAGAGUGACAGGUCCUACCAGUGUCCACCAGUAUGCAUUUAAGGCUUAUCUCAAGAAGCAUCUGAGAAGUCACACUGGGGAAAGUCCUUACCAGUGUAGUACAUGUGGAAAAGAAUUUGCACAGAAAUGUGAUCUCAACAAGCAUCAGAGAAUCCAUACCGGAGAAAGGCCUCACCAGUGUAGUACAUGUGGGAAAGGAUUUGCACAGAAAAGUCAUCUUAUUAAGCAUCAGAGAAUCCAUACUGGAGAAAGACCUUACCAGUGUAGUACAUGUGGAAAAGGAUUUGCACGGAAAUGUGAUCUCAACAAGCAUCAGAAAAUCCAUACUGGCGAAAGGCCUCACCUGUGUAGUAUAUGUGGAAAGGGCUUUGCACAGAAAGGCGAUCUCAACAAGCAUCAGAGAAUCCAUACUGGCGUAAGGCCUCACCAGUGUAGUACAUGUGGAAAAGGAUUUGCACGGAAAUGUAAUCUCAACAAGCAUCAGAGAAUCCAUACUGGAGAAAGGCCUCAUCUGUGUACUGUAUGUGGAAAAGGAUUUGCACAGAAAAGUCAUCUUAUUAAGCAUCAGAGAAUCCAUACUGGACAAAAACCAUACCAGUGUAGUAUAUGUGGAAAGGGCUUUGCACAGAAAGGCGAUCUCAACAAGCAUCAGAGAAUCCAUACUGGCGAAAGCCCUUAUCAGUGUGGUACAUGUGGAAAAGAAUUUGCACAAAAAUGUAAUCUCAACAAGCAUCAGAGAAUCCAUACUGGCGUAAGGCCUCACCAGUGUAGUACAUGUGGAGAAGGAUUUGCACGGAAAUGUAAUCUCAACAAGCAUCAGAGAAUCCAUACUGGAGAAAGGCCUCAUCUGUGUGGUGCAUGUGGGAAAGGAUUUGUACUGAAAGGUGCUCUCAUUAAGCAUCAGAGAAUCCAUACUGGAGAAAGACCUUACCAGUGUACUACAUGUGGAAAGGGCUUUGCACGGAAAGAUGUGCUCAUCACCCAUCAAAAAAGCCACACUGGGGAAAAAACAUAUCAGUGCACUACAUGUGGAAAGGGCUUUGCACGGCAAUGUGAAUUCAUCAUUCAUCAAAGAACCCAUACUGGGGUAAAGCCUCACCAGUGUAGUGCUUGUGGAAAAGCAUUUGCACAUAAAUCUGCUCUCAACAGGCACCAGAUCACCCAUACAGGUGAAAAGCCUUACCAUUGUAUUACAUGUGACAAAAGCUUUGCACUCAAACAUCAUCUCACCAAGCAUCAGAGAACUCAUACUGGAGAAAACUAAUAUGAGUGUGCAAGUUUCUCAUCACAAAGCAAUUUAAUUCGUCACCAGAUAUUUCAUACAGGAAAAAGGCCUCAAAAUACACCACACUCAC